GUGUGCUGGGGUUGACAUGGUUCAUCAACAAAUUUCGCAUUGUGAAGUUGAGCCCGAAGGAUCAGUUCAUCAUUGCCUACGGUGGCCUGCGAGGGGCCAUCGCCUUCUCUCUCGGCUACCUCCUGGAUUAUAAGCAUUUCCCAAUGCGAGACAUGUUUCUUACAGCGAUCAUCACAGUCAUAUUCUUCACAGUCUUUGUGCAGGGCAUGACCAUCCGCCCUCUGGUGGAUCUUCUGGCGGUGAAAAAGAAGCAGGAGACCAAGAGGUCCAUUAACGAGGAAAUUCACACUCAGUUUCUGGAUCACCUCUUGACGGGGAUUGAGGAUAUAUGCGGCCACUAUGGACAUCACCACUGGAAGGACAAGUAAGUGUUACCAAAGCAGAAGUAAG